AUGGAUCCAUUUUCUAUUUCCUCAGGAGUUGUUGGGUUCAUCUCCUUGGGACUAACUACUGCUGGUGGGAUCAUCAAGUACUGCGAAUCAUAUCGAUCCCGGGAGGCGGACUUCGCUCAGUUAAAGCACCACGCUGAGGAGCUAGAGUCGUUCCUCAGCUCGAUCCAUGACCGAACCACAGCGCCGCAAACUCUUCCCGGAGACAUCGAUACCUCUUUGCAAAAAUGUCGCGACGCCUGCGAUGCAUGUCUGAACGAGGUCAAGCGAUUGAAUUCGAAGUACACCUCCCACCCGAAGCCUAGGUGGAAGCCGUUAAAGCGGUUGAAAUACCCUUUCGACAAGGCCAAACUCGACGAUCUCCGAUCUCGCUUACGAGAAUUCCAUGCUAGACUGCUGGGAUUUAUGCAGUUGGUUAAUCUGGACGCUACGCGGGACAUAAGAAGUGUCGCCGUUUCGGAAUCUGCCAAGAUAACACUUUCGGUAGAAACGGUCGGAAGAGAAGUUCAGUCUUCUCUAUCGAAUGUGCAGCAAGUAGUGACCAGCGCGAUACAUACUACUGCUAACCAUCUGGAAUCAUCCUUCCGGCGUGACCUUGGAGAGACCGAGGUGCAUUUGAUGUCAUCCCUAGACGGAAAUCGCAAUCAACUAGAAUCGUCCUUUCAGCAUAGCCUUGGAGAAACUGAGACGCAUUUAAUCUCAUAUUUGGAGAACAACCACAGUGCCCUAUCUAACCAAGUCUCCCUAAUCACCGUGACUCAAGAAAAUCAAUUUUCGUCGUUCAGGCAAUACAUGGAUCAUCGACUCAGAGUCUUGGAGCAAAAUCAGCAAGAGUUCUUCACCAGGGCCUUAUCUGCGAGCGCUGAGGUUGAUAAACCAGAGGAGGUCCUCAAUUCAAGCAAUGCUGACUGCCGUUGGAUCAGACGAAGCGCCAGGGAGAAGAUGAAUCUCGGGAUGUCCGAGCGCAGCAUUUUCGACUCUCUUUGCACCUGUUCAAAGAUGCAAAAGCGCCGUUCGACCAAACAACAUCAAGACGGUUGCGUAUAUUCCUUGAAACAAUACGACAGUUGGACUUUCAACAGAAGUUUUCGAGUCUUUCGCCGGGCGGUCACUGUAGCAUGCAGGUUCGAGUAUGCUCGAAUGAAUUGGGCUCGCGACUGGCGUGUCUAUCCAAAUAUGACGGUUCGGAUGACUGUGCCGCGGUCCUCGCCGGCAUUCACUACAAUGGAAAAAAUUAGCUUUGACUUGUACCGUCAUGUACAGGACAUGGAAGAAUUGUUUAGGGAUUGCUUGGUUAGACUGAAACUGAUAUUUAUGAAUGGUGAAGGAUGGCCAACAGAUGUUAGAGAAGAUGGCUCAAACUUGAUACAUAGGUUUCUUGUAGAUUGUUACGUCUUUUUAAUAUCGGCUAAAUCGUAUGAAAAGACCCGCCCCAUUAUCCAAUUCGUAGUCGCGUUGAAAGAGUUGGGCGUGCCUAUAGAUGACGAUUCAAUAUUUGGCACGCCUCUUGCUUGCAUCGUCCGAACUGGGCGUGGAACGAAUCCCUCCAGCUUAAUACUAACCCAUUUUAUGGGAAUCCUUGAAACGGAACCUGCUCCAUUUGAUCGGUUAAGUGAUUACCAGGUCGUGAAUAUAUUAAGAUGGAGAAAUCCUGAACUAUGUGAAUUGAUUAAGUGUAACGACCUGACCCGCCUAGUUCUUCGUCGCUGCAAGCCCGACAUUCUGGACCUUCUUAGAAGUAAUCAUUCUCUCAUAGAUUACAAUGCUGGCCCGAAACUAACCACGCUCCACUUCGCGGUCCCUUGGCCUGAGGGGCUUUCUCUCUUGAUCGAAAAUGCAGGAGAACCCAUCCAAUCGAUAAUUAACGGCUUCGACGGAUAUAACAGUCCUCUUCAUUACGCGAUAAAUCUGGGAGAGCUUAAUUCUGUAGCUUUGUUGCUCAAUGCAGGUGCAAGCAUUGAUCCAGAGACAUUCUCCUAUUUGUCUAAGCUAUUAAUAGAGCAGGGUGAACCAGCCGAGAAAAUAAUGCAUGUCGUGGUUGAAUCACUGGCACGGCAGCGAAGAGACUUGUUACGAAUAGCCUUACAGUAUCUUCCUAAGGAUACUAUUGAAGAACUUCAAUUGCGGAACGAGAGGCUUCUUGACGAUAAAGCAUUCGCCGUCGUAGAAGCGCUAAGGCGACAACAUGCUCCCAUAUCCACGGCCUACGAGUUCCUAAAACCCGGUUCAGUAUACCAUUGGGAGUAUUUAACCGCCCGCAUAGCUCGAAAGCUCUUCGAAGUCGGCUUCUGCAACAUAAACUCCAGGUUACAAGGAUACACUCCGUUGAUGAUACAAAUUUUAACAGCUCCAGCUUACGAGGAUUACAUUUUGGAACUUAUUGUCUGGUUUAAAAAUCACGGGGCUGACUUCCAUACACCAGUUGAUAUCCCCCCUGAUAUUUCUCCUGCUCAUGACGCUGUGAAAACUGGCAUCACGACUUAUGUCAGCCCACCGAGACCACCUAUCCACUUUCUCAUGUUCAGGCUGGGUCGUAAAUUAACAUAUAUUUCUGAGUACGAAGACCCUGGUCAAAUCUUCACAGCAAACCAGCCGGUACUUUCUUCCUUCUUUGGGGACGACACGACAGACUCCUGCAUUUGUUACUGCGCAGCCCACGGGUGCACUCCGACUUCCAAGUUUCUCAUUGCUAUUUUGGAACAGAUUAGGUAUUAUAGGGAUAAUGGUGAUAUCAACGAAACUCUCAGGGUAAUACGAUGUGGCGAGCCAGUGAUAUCCGAAGAGAAUAAAUCCAAGGUCUCAUUAGAAUACAUCCGUCUCAUUACGCACUGGAGUCUUGGGAUGCGUCAUACAUGCUGUCACCUUGACGAUUCGCCCGAACUAGAACAAGGCUGCAACUUAGUUCAUGUGUUGGAUAUAGGCGAGAUCCAAGAGAUACGAGAGGAAGAACGAUACCUGGCGAAGCGGCUAGAAACGCUGGUAGACGAGUUUGAGAAGAGAUUCCAGGAGCUGAACGUUCCGCUAAGCCGGUUCAUGGAAGAAUACAUGAUUCCUAGACUUGAAGAAGUCAAAGAAGAGCGGGAUGAGUUGUCAGCUGAAGAGUUGCACGCUAUUAGGGAGACCGGAGUUAUUCUGUAUGAAGAUUGA